AUGUUGCGCACCAUUGUGGUCCUCGCCGCACUCGCUGGGAGCUGUAGCGCUGCCCUUUACCAGAACAUCAAGGCUGUUCCUCGUCGGGAAUAUGAUUUCAUCAUUGUCGGUGGUGGAACGGCAGGUUCUGUUCUUGCGAACAGACUUUCAGAAAACCCUCGUCACCAGGUUCUACUAAUCGAAUCAGGACCGUCCAACGAGGGCGUUCUGAACUCGAUAAUUCCUUAUUUUCAUCCGUUCCUGCACGGUUCGCCGUAUGACUGGAAUUUCACCACUUCGCCUCAGACAGGUCUCGAUGGCCGCGUUCUCGAUUAUAAUCGUGGCCAUAUCCUGGGUGGGAGUUCUUCGAUAAAUGCCAUGUUUUGGACGAAGGGCACUGCGGAAGAUUAUGAUCGAUGGGCGAAGGUUACAGGAGACCCUGGAUGGUCAUGGAAGAGUUUGUUCAAGUACUCUCUCAAGAUUGAACGUCUGGUUCCUCCUGUUGAUGGCCACGACACUACUGGCCAGGUUGACCCUUCUCUACACGGCACUGAUGGAAACCUUAAGAUCUCGGUUUCUGGAUGGCCUCUUGAAGUCGACUCUCGUGUGGCAGGGGCCGUGGAGGAGCUGGGAGAGGAAUUCAAGGCGAUCGUUGAUAUGAACUCAGGGGAGCCUUUAGGAACGAGUUGGCUCCAGUCGAGCAUUGGCGAUGGCGAACGUAGCAGCGCGGCCGUCUCAUACCUUGCUCCUAAGCAUCUCGAGCGACGAAACCUCCACGUUGUGGUGAAUACCCGCGUUACGAGGGUGCUCCCCAGUAAUAGCAAGGGUCUGCGAUUGGCGUUCAGAGCUGUUGAGGUUGCGACCGAGAAGAAUGCUGAUGCUCCUCGAGUCAAGCUGACAGCGAAGAAAGAGGUCAUCUUAGCCGCUGGUGCCGUCGGAUCUCCUCAUAUCCUGCUACAUUCCGGCAUUGGAAAUCCAAGUGAUCUCAGUGCACUAGGGAUCAAGCCGCUUGUUGACCUCCCAGAAGUGGGAAGGAACCUUACGGAUCACCCCUUGGUUAUGGUGCUCUGGAAUGCUAACUCUACCACCACUGGGGAUGCGCUCGUGCGUGACCCUAUUGCCCAAGCAGCAGCAUUAGAAGAGUGGAACACGACGCGUACAGGGCCAUUUACCUCUAUUGGCAUUAAUCAAGUUGCGUGGUUGAGGAUUCCGGACGACGCCCCGAUCUUGCCGAUCCUGCAGCGGAACAGCGCAGGUUUCUCUGGCAUCACGGGAGGAUACUAUAUGGGUGCUGGCUUGGCUGUUCCAACCCCGUGGUCUCGAGGCUCGCUGACACUUCGAACCUCGAACCCAUUCGACCAACCAAUAAUUGAUCCAGGCAUCUUCAGCUCUCCGUUCGACCAGUACGCGAUGCUGCAUGCUGUUCGAAGUGCGCGAAGGUUCUUCAAAGCUAGAGCGUGGGAUGGCUACAUCCUUGACCCAGUUGCACCGUGGACAGAUGAGAUUAUCGACGAUGAUGAAGCUGCAAUUGGUAUUUUGAAGUCGACGGUUGGCCAUGCGUGGCAUCCUGUUGGAACUACGCUCAUGUCGCCCGGGAAUGCGAGGUACGGUGUUGUGGAUCCUGACCUGAAGGUCAAGAAGGUGGAAGGGUUGAGGGUUGUGGAUGCGGGUGUGAUGCCAUUCAUUCCUGCUGCCCAUACCCAAUUCCCGGUGUAUCUCGUUGCGGAAAGGGCGGCGGAUUUGAUUAAGGAGAAGUAUACCUGA